AUGUCUAAUAUAAAGACCAUUUCCUGCGGCGCGAGGGGCGCUGCUUGUCCCCGCGGAGAGCAGAGUGGGGGCUGCUCCCCCUUGUCGCCUCCCCGGCGGCCGCGGAGGGCGGGCGGCGCGUCCCUAAUUUAUUUAUCACUGUUCCCCAGGAAGGGGUGGAAAGUGGGUUAUCGAUUAUAUAAACACAUCAAUAUUCAUGGCGCUGCGCGGAGGGACGCGGCUCGGCCAGAACAGACAGCGCGGGGGGAGGGGGAGCGCGGCGGCGUUGAUGGGCGCGCUCUCUCUGCGCUCGCGGACGUGGGCGAGCAGCUGCAUGUGCCAGUGGGGCGAUGGCUCCGCGGGCGCGGAAGGGCGCGGGGCGGUGGACAGGUGGCAGCGUGCCCCGCGGAGAGGGGCGGCUCUUUACCUGCGCCCCGCCCGCCCCCCGCGGCGGCACCCCACGUCGGGGGGAACCACCGGCUCUGCGCGUCCCGCACAGCCUCCGCUGUCUUGAGGCGGGCAGCUCGGGGGGCCGCCGGGAACCUCAGCCGCGGGGAGUCCCGGUCAGCGAGAGGAGCGGGCACCGCCGCAAGUGCCGCCCCGCAACGCCGGGCACUGAAAGUUCCCAUCGGUGCUCUAGGAGCUGCAUCCCCGCAGUCCCCUCCUGAUGAGUCUGAAGGCAAUGCAGGAUACUUCCCACAGUUACACCCACCACCAAAUCAUGACAGCAGAAACAGUCAAGAUGAAAGUUCAUCCUACCUUUACAACCAAGGCAUUGAAUUCCCAUGUCUGGAUCUUUCUGUAUUUGAAACUCUCCAUUGCCUUCAUUGUAUUUUUAAGGUAAAGAAUUUGAAGAUCUGUUCCUAAAUAAAAAGUACCAAAUUAAUAUUACAGCAUGGUGGAGUUUCCAUUUACUGCACACAACAGUCAAGAUAUUCAGACUUAUGGCUCCCCACUGCAAUUGUAAUUCAGUUUCCUUGCUCAUACAUAAUGCUUUUAUCUACUCUGAAUGAGCUUAUUUUUAGUUUCUUAACAUGCCCAUAUAAUUCAAUUGUCACAGCUUCCAUAAGAACAAUAGCUUGGAAUUCCCUGCCUUUAAUUUGGACUAACUCCUGUCUAUAAGCAUCACAUCAGCAAUGUUUCCAACUUGUAUGGUGACUAUGAAAUCAAUCAUUAUAUACAUACACAUACAUUACAUACAUAUAUAUGUAUAAUGCUUGACGACCAUUUGCAGGGGUAAUGUCUCAAAGUAAUGUUAUGAUCUCCUCUGGAUAAAUCCAACAGCUCCAACUGGACUGCCUCCUCUCUGUUCCAGCCUUUGCAGCUGGGCUGUUGGCUGUGAAGGAAAUUCUCCUGCCCAUGCAGGAGGAGACAACAGGUAUGAACCUGCCUCAAGUCCUUCCCUACCUUUUCUGCCAUGAGGACAUUUCCAGUUGCCUGACCACAGAAGACGAUGAUCCUCAGGACAGAGAUGCCUCUGGCACACGUAACAGGAUCCCAGGUGCUGCAGAAGCGCACUGGGGGAGCUCACCCAGAUGCCCCAUCAUUCUCAGCUGUGCCCAGCCCAUGGGGAGAGAUUGCUAUGGCUGCCUCUAUUCCGCGACAAAAACAGGCAGGACAUUCAGCAGCUGAGCAUUGAGGCUUCCCAAUUAGCCAUCCUGGAAUGCAGUGAUACAUGGCUGGUUCUAUUUUUGCCUCCAUAACUCCAGGCCCAUUCAUUCAGUGCAGUCUUUUUGAUUACACAAAAAAUAAAAAUAAAAAAAAAAGUGCCCAAAACCUUGUCCCCUUUCUCCUGAGUGUGUCAGCUGGUCUGAGAGAUUACCUUUCUCUAAACCACCACUCUAGAGCUUCACCAUUUGUUUUGUGUUACAGAAGAACAACUCCAGUUUGACUGUGCUCAUACCUGGCAGUUCCUGUGAUCUUCAGACCAAGAGGUCUUCACAGAAGUGCAAAUUUUAUCUCUCCCUUGCCCCAGAGCCACCCCUCCUACAGACCAGCAAGCCAAGCUGG